AUGGAGGGGUUUGAGAUUCUAUUUGGGUUUUAUGACCCGUGUCAUCUCCCAAAUAAUCCUGGAUGGCCCCUGCGCAACCUCUUAGCACUUAUUUCUGCAAGGUGGAAUCUCAAGUCUGUUCAGUUUUUCUGCUACAGGGAUGCCAGGUUGCGCACAUGCUUAUGUAUUUCAAUUCUUGAUAACUUAUAUUUUUCGCUGCAGGCAUGGGGUGUCCGAAAAAUUACUCUAGUUGACAAUGGCAGGGUGGCUAUGUCUAAUCCAUUGAGGCAGUCUCUUUAUACUUUGGAUAACUGUCUUAAUGGCGGAGAGUUUAAAGCUACAGCAGCAGUUGAAAGUCUCAAACGGAUAUUUCCUGCAGUGGAAGCGGAAGGCAUUGUUAUGGCUAUACCAAUGCCUGGACACCCUGUAAAUAGCCAGGAACAGGAGAAUGUACUUGACGAUUGCAGGCGUUUGCGCGAUUUGAUUGAUGCUCAUGAUGCAGUUUUUUUAUUGACAGAUAUGAGGGAAAGUCGUUGGCUCCCAACACUUCUUUGUGCCAAUGCUAUCAAGAUUACCAUGACUGCAGCACUGGGGUUUGAAAGUUUCUUGGUUAUGCGUCACGGAGCGGGUCCUUUCAGCAGCGCCUGUGAUUCGAGUGCUGAAACAGCUAGUUCUUCAUCUGCCGAUUUGUCUGUAAAUGAUGCAAAUGGAAAACAUAGACUGGGAUGCUAUUUCUGCAACGAUGUUGUUGCACCAACUGAUUCAACGUCCAACCGCACUCUGGACCAGCAAUGUACUGUGACCCGACCGGGGCUAGCUCCUAUUGCUUCUGCCCUUGCUGUUGAACUUUUAGUAGGGAUUUUGCAUCACCCUCAAGGAUAUAUGCAAAAAAUGCGUUAA